AUGAAACAUGAAGCAUAUCUAACGGUGCUUGCUUAUUGUGUAGCUCCCUCCGCAAGUUGACUUCAGUCCACACAGCACCGUUGUGAAAUCACCUGCUGCCUUGAACGUUACUCACCGGAGCUCUGUGAUUGGUCAGCUGGUGACUGUCAAACUCCUCCCCUAGUGCCACCGCAACUCAGCGGAGUCAGCAGUCUGCCAUCCAACGGCGAGUUUUCGGGCAAUUCAUUAAACCAAGGCACAGGAAAAGCCCGAAAAUGAGUCGGUUGAAGGAACGCUUCGUGACUCUGCUCCAUGAGAAAAACUUCGUGACAGAUCAGUUGGCGACGCUGGAACAGAAAACGGGAGUAAAGAGAGAGUAUAUCACCUUGGGUGUUCUGAGUUUGGUUGGGCUGUAUCUUCUGUUUGGAUAUGGAGCCUCACUGCUCUGCAACCUGAUUGGCUUUGUCUAUCCUGCAUAUUUCUCUAUUAAGGCCAUUGAGAGCAGUGUGAAGGAGGAUGACACACAGUGGCUCACCUACUGGGUUGUUUAUGGACUCUUCAGCAUCGUUGAGGCCUUUUCUGACAUCUUCCUCUUCUGGUUCCCCUUUUACUAUAUUGGCAAGUGUUUGUUCCUGGUAUGGUGCAUGGCUCCGGUGUCGUGGAACGGCUCUGCGGUCUUGUACAGCCGUGUGAUCCGGCCAUUUUUCUUGAAGCACCAGGCUGCCAUGGACAGUGUGGUCAGCGAUCUGAGCGCCAAGGCUAAGAACAUAACUGAGACUGUGACAAAGGAGGGUGAGAUACCCACAGUAUACAUGCAAGUAGUGCCACAUAUUAUAUGUACUGCAGCAACAUAUUCUCACAGCAGACACAUUUCUCCAUCGCCUCUAUAUCUUACCAUCAUCAAACUCCUGCGAAACUAA